AAAAUGUCGACUGGUCCGCGACUCUUCCCGUCGUCGUCGUCGAGCACAAGCAGCAGCAGCUCGUCGUCUGCCGCUCCGACUUCCGCGUCCUCCAAGCCGGGCUCUCUCGGAUCUCCGUUUGCCACCUCGUCGUCUUCAACGCUCCCUUCGUCAUCGUCCGACCCGUCGCCCCUCGCUGGUGGGACUGGGCGGCCUGCUGCUGCUGCUGCUGCUGCGGGGUUCACGUCGUCAUCAGCCGCUGCCAUGCAGUCGUCGCCGCACCAUCCCCACCACCACCACGCGCUCCAGGCGUCCAGCGCAUCUGCAUCCUCAUACAUGAUGUCGAUCGGCGGCUCCAGCAGCGCGCGCAAGAAGACAGAGGGCAAGACGCUGAGCAUCAAGGGCUUCAAAGUCGCACCAAAACUACCUCCCAAUUAUGAACAGGAAACCUGGCAGAAGCUCCAAGCAGCUGUUCGCGCUGUUCAUGAAGCACGACCAAUAGACAGCUACCUGGAAGUGCUGUACGAGGCUGUCGAAAACCUGUGUCUGCUUGGAGGCGGAGCGACGCUGUACGAGCGACUGACAGCAGAGUGCGAGUCCCACCUGCGACUCGAGGCCGAGAAGCUGAGUGUUGCGUCGGAGGACCCCGUCACGUUUCUCUCCGUCGUCGACGCGUGCUGGCAGGCGCAUUGCGAGCAGAUGAUUACCAUCCGAUCCAUCUUCCUGCACCUGGAUCGCACGUAUGUGCUUCAAAAUCCGCACGUCCAGUCGCUCUGGGACGUGGGAUUGAUCUACUUUCGGCGGCAGGUGGCAGAGGUAACCGUCACUCAGCGGCGUCUCAUCACAGGCAUUCUGCUUCUUAUCGAACAGGAGCGUGCCGGUGACUCUGUCAAUCGAUCGCUCCUCAAGUCGCUCCUCCGCAUGUUCUCAUCCCUCGGCAUGUACACUGAGGCGUUCGAGCCACACUUUUUGCGUGCCACCCACGAGCUGUACGCGCGAGAGGGCGCUGCUCUCAUCACCACCAUGCCCGUGCCUGACUAUCUGGCGCACGUCGAAGCGCGGCUGCAGGCUGAAAGCGAGCGGAUUGUGCACUACCUCGACAUCCACACUCGGCGCAACCUCCUCGCGACUGUCGAGCGGCAGCUCAUCGAGCAGCACAUUCGCGUGCUGAUUGAGCGCGGUUUUGAAGAGCUGUGCAACGCCAACCGCAUCGCGGAUCUCUCGCGCUUCUACUCGCUUCUGGGGCGCGUCAAUGGUUUGGAGCCGCUUCGUGUGGCCUUUGCCGCCUACAUCAAGAAACGCGGUGCAGCACUUGUGUGUGACCCCGAGAAAGACAAAAACAUGGUACAAGACCUUCUCGACAUGAAGCAGCAGCUGGACACCUUGCUAUCACAAUGCUUUGGACACAAUGACCGUUUCCAAAACUGCAUGAAAGAGUCGUUCGAGGCUUUCAUCAACAUGCGCCAAAACAAACCCGCCGAGUUGAUUGCCAAGUUCAUUGACGCCAAGCUAAGGGCUGGCAACAAGGAGGCUACUGAAGAAGAGCUUGAAACAGUGCUCGACCGAUUGAUGAUUCUUUUCCGGUAUAUCCAGGGCAAGGACGUGUUUGAGGCCUUUUACAAGAACGACCUUGCUCGGCGUCUGCUCCACAAUAAGAGUGCAUCCGUGGAUUCAGAGCGCGCCAUGCUUUCCAAGCUCAAGCAAGAGUGCGGAGGCCAGUUCACGGGCAAGCUUGAGGGCAUGUUCAAGGACAUGGACCUCUCCAAGGCCAUCAUGGUUUCAUUCAAUCAAUCAAAGUUUGCGAGCCAAAUGGGCGACAUUGAGUUGAGUGUUUCAGUGCUGACUCAAGGUUAUUGGCCGACAAACAAGCCAACUUCUAUGAAUGUACCAUCUGAGAUGUUGCGAAUCCAACAAGAGUUUCAAAAGUUUUACCUCCAGAAGCACACCGGCAAGCAGUUAUCCUGGGACAAUCCCCGAGGCGAUUGUCUUGUCCGCGCCGCCUUCCCAAAGGGAACCAAAGAGCUGCAAGUCUCCUUCAUGCAAACGCUUGUACUCUUGGCUCUGAAUGCGGGCGACGGUGUGAGCUUCCCGACAAUCAAGGCUGAGACGAACAUCGAAACCGAGGAGCUGAAGCGCCUGUUGCAAUCCCUGGCUUGCGGCAAAAUCCGAGUUUUGAACAAGAAUCCAAAGGGACGAGACGUGAACGAGACCGACACGUUCGAUUUCAACACUGACUUUGUGAACAAGCACUAUCGACUCAAAGUCAACCAGAUCCAGAUGAAAGAAACGGCUGAAGAAAAUGCUGACACUAACGAAAAAGUCAACCAAAACCGACAGUACCAGAUCGAUGCUGCUAUUGUGCGUAUCAUGAAGGCACGCAAAUCUCUCGCUCACCAGCUGCUUCUGAGUGAACUCUUCAACCAACUCAAGUUCCCAAUGAAGCCUGCUGAUCUGAAAAAGCGUAUCGAAAGUCUGAUCGAUCGUGAAUACCUCGAGCGCGAUGAAAAAGACCAGAGCACGUACAUUUAUCUUGCUUGAGCAUUUCCCCCAUCACAGCCUUUGUCGGUUGUGGAUGGCCCUUGCUACUUUGCCUUGGUGUUGUCCAUGUACUUUAUUACAAACGAUUCUGUCUUGA